AUUCUUUUUGAUGCUGUUAUAAAUGGAAAUGUUUUCUUAAUGUUUUCCAGAUUGUUCACUGCUUGUGUAUGAUGAUGAUACAGCUGACUUUUGUAUACUGAUCUUGUAUCAUGCAGCUCUGCUAAAUUGAUUGAUUGAGGACCUUGUUGCAUAUCAAGACAACGGUUUUCUUCAUGGAGUUAUAUCUGAUUCUGAGGUUCCUACUUGGCAAAAGACAGGCUGGUAACCAGUGUCCAGAAGUCUGCCACCACUUGGAUUGUUCAUUUUGUAGAAACAGAACAGAUGAGUGUUGUGAGAGGUUGCGAGUAACUAAGCGAUUGUCAGUGAAGUGAAUCAGCCACUUCCUGGUUUUCUCUGUCUUCGCUGUUUCCCAGUGUCCGUGACACUGAUCAUAAACAGUGAGGCCAACAGUGAACUCCAGAGACAAGUAGAUAAGGAGAUAUUCAUGUUUUCUUUUAAGAUUUGCUGUUAGAGUAUGAUGCUGAUUUGGAAUUCUGUGGGUUUACUAAGAGCUAAAAAUAAAUUGGUCAUCUGUGUGCCUGCUUUAGGCUUUCUAAAAUGUUGGUCUUAUGUCUUUGUUGGUCAGGAUUUCAGGUGUGUUAAGUGACCUGCAGAGCUGCUCUUUCCUUAUUAAAGCUUGCUUUAGCAUUGCGAGGCCAAGCAGGGAGGUGGCGUUUGUUGCUCGGGGAGCUUGUAAACUCUGCCACACUGCUUGGGUCUUGUGGAGCCGGACCUGCUGUGGGAGGGAGGCAAGCCUUGCACAGCCUAGCUCUGUGCUUCCUGUAGCUUCUCCUUUCGUGUCGUUGGGGCCGUUCUCACUGUUGGCAUUUGCGUCACUUUGAUUUCAUGCCUUUAUCCCCCUAAUUUUCAAGUAUUUCCCGGGUUCUGAUCUAUAGCUUCCUUUUUUCAUGAUAGCUGUGCCUCUAUUUCCUUCUAACAAUGCAUCUGUUUACUUUAAUUUUUUUUUUGCCAUUCCCCUGGAUCAGGUGAGGAAGGGAAGGUUCUGGUAGGAGUUGGAUGCCUUGUCUGAGGACUUAAGGUUCUCCUGCGUUCCAGAGUUGGUUUUUGUUCUUUUGCAAAGGAGUUUGAUUCCUAUCAGGGCAGGCAUUGUGGAAAGGGAAGAACAGUUGUGUGAAAUCAUCCCCUUUUGUUCUUAUUCUGCAUUCAUCCACUUUGCACUUUCUUCUGCUAAAUGGUAUAAAGAGAAUUAUUUAGAAACAUUAAUUUCUUUUCCUGCUUUGUUUUUUUCCUGUAAUAAAAAGAAACAUUUGCAUUGAAGAAGGAAGCCUGGUUUUCCUUCUAGCUCCUCCCUACCCUCACCUCAGUUCUCAAGUUUGCUUAGUUGCCUUUAUUGCCUUGAGCGUUCUCUCUUUAACUUUAAAUGAAGGAAAACAGAAACAAAUAGCACCCCAUUCUUAAAAGAAAAAUACCAAAACAAGAAACAAAUUACGGCUCACGUUCUCCGCCCCCAGUCCCAAAAACACGGAGUCGGGGGGCGCAGCUGUGUUCACUGGAAGGAGGCCAAGCUCAGGAUCGUCGCCUAGCCAGAGCCAGCAGGUGGCCUGUCUGCACCAGCCAGCCUUGGGAUUGUGGGGCUCCUGGCACCAUUGUGGGAGUAGAAUCCAAUUGGUUGUGCCUUUUUAAAAAUGAGAUGAGGCUGGAUCUGAGGUCCUUACUGUUAAUUUAAGUCCUCUGAAGUUACAUUGUAAGGAGGUUUUUAAAGCCAUAAUAAUAGCAGAUGCAUAUUCAUGUUUUACAUUUUCAGUUUUAAGACUGAUCGUGGUGAAGAGUGUGUGCUCUGGAGCCAGCCAACCUGAUUUCAAGUCGUGGUCCCACCAAUUAAAAUGUGAUCCUGACUACAUUUCUCACACCCCUGCGACUUCAGUUUUCUCAUCUGCAAAGGGAUCGAGGUACCUACUCUGUGGGAUUCUUGUGAGGAUAAAGUUAUAUACAGCCCUGCUCUGGGAUACACCUCCACUGGAUUUAAGAGACAGUCCUCAUCAGCACUGACUUUCAGCUAUGGAAUCGCAGACGGUUGAUGAUGAAGCGCCAGCCGUGUAAAUGAAGAUCAGGUGAGGAGCAGGACGAUGCCCAAGGGUGGGUGCCCUAAAGCACCACAGCAGGAAGACCUUUCCCUCAGCAGCGACAUGGUGGAGAAGCAGACUGGGAAAAAGGAUAAAGAUAAAGUUUCUCUAACCAAGACUCCAAAGCUGGAGCGUGGUGAUGGCGGGAAGGAGGUGAGGGAGCGAGCCAGCAAGCGGAAGCUGCCCUUUACCGCGGGCGCCAAUGGGGAGCAGAAGGACUCGGACACAGAUGCCUCCAGCCCAGUCCCUGUUGUGGUGCUGCAAGGCUGGUACGCUCCUCGAAGCACCAUGCCAUGAGAUGGAGGUGCCUAGAAGCAAGAAGAAAGAGAAGCAGGGCCCUGAGCGGAAGAGGAUUAAGAAGGAACCUGUCACCCGGAAGGCCGGGCUGCUGUUUGGCAUGGGGCUGUCUGGAAUCCGAGCCGGCUACCCUCUCUCCGAGCGCCAGCAGGUGGCCCUUCUCAUGCAGAUGACAGCCGAGGAGUCUGCCAACAGCCCAGUGGACACAACACCAAAGCACCCCUCCCAGUCUACAGUGUGUCAGAAGGGAACGCCCAACUCUGCCUCAAAAACCAAAGACAAAGUGAACAAGAGAAACGAGCGAGGAGAGACCCGCCUGCACCGAGCGGCCAUCCGCGGGGAUGCCCGGCGCAUCAAGGAGCUCAUCAGCGAGGGGGCGGACGUCAACGUCAAGGACUUCGCAGGCUGGACGGCGCUGCACGAGGCCUGUAACCGGGGCUACUACGACGUCGCGAAGCAGCUGCUGGCUGCAGGUGCGGAGGUGAACACCAAGGGCCUGGACGACGACACGCCUUUGCACGAUGCUGCCAACAACGGACACUACAAGGUGGUGAAGCUGCUCCUGCGGUACGGAGGGAACCCGCAGCAGAGCAACAGGAAAGGCGAGACGCCGCUGAAAGUGGCCAGCUCCCCCACGAUGGUGAACCUCCUGUUAGGCAAAGGCACUUACACUUCCAGCGAGGAGAGCUCGACGGAGAGCUCAGAAGAGGAAGACGCCCCCUCCUUCGCACCUUCCAGUUCAGUCGACGGCAACAACACAGACUCUGAGUUCGAAAAAGGCCUCAAGCACAAGGCCAAGAACCCAGAGCCACAGAAGGCCGCGGCCCCCGUCAAGGACGAGUAUGAGUUUGACGAGGACGAUGAGCAGGACAGGGUUCCUCCAGUGGACGACAAGCACCUGUUGAAAAAGGACUACAGAAGAGAAGUGAAGCCCAGGAGCUUCAUCUCUAUACCCAAAAUGGAGGCUAAAAGUUACACUAAAAACAACACGAUUGCACCAAAGAAAGCGCCCCAUCGCAUCCUGUCCGACACGUCGGACGAGGAGGACACCAGUGUCGGCGCAGGCACAGCAGAGAAGCUGAGACUCUCGGCACAUACGCUCUUGCCUGGCAGUAAGACACGAGAGCCUUCUAAUGCCAAGCAGCAGAAGGAGAAAAACAAAGUGAAAAAGAAGCGAAAGAAAGAAACAAAAGGCAGAGAGGUUCGCUUUGGAAAAAGGAGCGACAAGUUCUGUUCCUCAGAGUCCGAGAGCGAGUCCUCCGAGAGUGGGGAGGACGACAGGGACUCCGUGGGGAGCUCCAGCUGCCUCAAGGGGUCCCCGCUGGUGCUGAAGGACCCCUCCCUGUUCAGCUCCCUCUCCGCCUCCUCCACCUCGUCUCACGGGAGCUCUGCCGCCCAGAAGCAGAACCCCAACCACACAGACCAGCACACCAAGCACUGGCGGACAGACAAUUGGAAAACCAUUUCCUCCCCAGCUUGGUCAGAGGUCAGUUCUUUAUCAGACUCCACAAGGACGAGACUGACAAGCGAGUCUGAUUACUCCUCUGAGGGCUCCAGCGUGGAGUCGCUGAAGCCAGUGAGGAAGAAGCAGGAGCACAGGAAGCGGGGCGGGCUGCAGGGCUGCCCAUCGGAGAAAAAAAGCCCCUUCCUCUCCAGCGCGGAGGGUGCGGUCCCCAAGCUGGACAAGGAGGGAAAAGUUGUCAAAAAACAUAAAACCAAACACAAACACAAAAACAAGGAGAAGGGACAGUGUUCCAUCAGCCAAGAGCUGAAACUGAAAAGUUUUACUUACGAGUAUGAGGACUCCAAGCAGAAGUCAGAUAAGGCUCUACUCUUAGAGAAUGAUAUUUCCACCGAAAAUAAGUUAAAAGUGGUAAAGCAUGAUCGAGACCACUUUAGAAAAGAAGAGAAACUUAGCAAAAUGAAAUCGGAAGAAAAAGAGUGGCUCUUUAAAGAUGAGAUCAUGAAGGCCUCCAAAGAUGAAAAAUCCUUGAAGAGAAUCAAAGACGUGAACAAGGACGUCGGCAGGUCUUUCCGAGAGGAUAAGGACCGUUCGAAUAAAGCAGAAAAGGAGAAAUCUCUGAAGGAAAAGUCUCCAAAAGAAGAAAAACUGAGACUAUACAAAGACGAGAGAAAGAAGAAGUCAAAAGACCGGCCCUCAAAAUUAGAGAGAAAGAAUGAUUUAAAAGAGGACAAAAUGUCAAAAGAGAAGGAGAAGGCUUUUAAAGAAGAUAAAGAAAAACUCAAGAAAGAAAAGGUUUAUCGGGAAGAUUCUGCUUUUGACGAAUAUUGUAACAAAAAUCAGUUUCUGGAUAAUGAAGACACCAAAUUUAGCCUAUCUGAUGAUCAGCGAGAUCGGUGGUUUUCUGACUUGUCCGACUCAUCCUUUGAUUUCAAAGGGGAGGACAGCUGGGACUCACCAGUGACAGACUACAGGGACAUGAAGAGCGACUCUGUGGCCAAGCUGAUCCUGGAAACUGUGAAGGAGGACAGCAAGGAGAGGAAGCGAGACAGCAGGGCCCGGGAGAAGCGAGACUGCAGAGAGCCCUUCUUCCGAAAGAAGGACAGGGACUACUUGGAUAAAAACUCUGAGAAGAGGAAAGAGCAGAUGGAAAAGCAUAAAAAUGUCCCCGGCUACCUUUCGGAAAAGGACAAGAAGAGGAGAGAGUCCGCAGACGCCGGGCGGGAUAGGAAGGACGCCCUCGACAGCGGCAAGGAGCGCAGGGACGGCAGGGCCAGGCCUGAGGAGGCGCAUCGGGAGGAGCCAAAGGAGUGCAGCUGUGAGGGCAGCUUCAAGGACAAGGCCGACUGUGACUUUGGGAAGGGCCUGGAGCCGUGGGAACGGCACCACGCGGCGCGAGAGAAGGAGAGGAAGGACAGCCUUGAUAAGGAGAGGAAGGAGAAAACCAAACCAGAAAAAUACAAAGAGAAGUCCAGUGACAAGGACAAAGGUGAGAAGUCGAUGCUCGAAAAAUGUCAGAAGGACAAAGAAUUCGAUAAAUGUUUUAAAGAGAAAAAAGAUACCAAGGAAAAACAUAAAGACACACAUGGCAAAGACAAAGAAAGGAAAGCAUCUCUGGACCAAGGGAAAGAGAAGAAAGAGAAGGCUUUCCCUGGGAUUCUGUCAGAAGACUUCUCUGAAAAAAAAGACGACAAGAAAGGCAAGGAGAAGAGCUGGUACAUCGCAGACAUAUUCACAGACGAGAGUGAGGACGACAGAGAGGACUGCAUGGGGAGCGGGUUCAAGAUGGGAGAGGCCAGCGACCUGCAGAGGGUGGACAGCCUCCAGGAGAAGGAGGAAGGGCGGGAGGCCUACGCCUCCGACAGACACAGGAAGUCCUCCUCUGACAAGCAGCACCCCGAGAGGCAGAAGGACAAGGAGCCCAAAGACAAGAGAAAGGACAGGGGGGCUGCCGACGGAGGGAGGGACAAAAAAGAGAAAGUCUUUGAAAAGCACAAGGAGAAGAAGGAUAAAGAGUCCACAGAAAAGUAUAAGGACAGGAAGGACAGAGCUUCAGUGGACUCCAUGCAAGACAAGAAAAAUAAACAGAAGCUCCCAGAGAAGGCCGAAAAGAAACACUCUGCUGAAGACAAGGCUAAAAGCAAACACAAAGAGAAGUCGGAUAAGGAACAUUCCAAGGAGAGGAAGUCCUCGAGAAGCACCGACAUGGAGAAAAGCCUGCUUGAAAAGCUGGAAGAAGAAGCUCUCCAUGAGUACAGAGAAGACUCCAAUGACAAAAUCAGUGAGGUCUCGUCUGACAGCUUCACGGACCGAGGGCAGGAACCGGGGCUGACUGCCUUUCUGGAGGUCUCUUUCACGGAGCCACCCAUGGAGGACAAGGCCAGGGAGAGCACCUGCCUCCCGGAGAAGCUGAAAGAGAAGGAGAGGCACAGACACUCCUCAUCCUCAUCCAAGAAGAGCCACGACCGAGAGAGGGCCAAGAAAGAAAAGGCCGAGAAGAAGGAGGAGGGCAGCAGCAGGAAGGACUCUGGCCAGUAUGAAAAGGACUUCCUGGAGGCGGACGCCUACGGGGUUUGUUACAGCAUGAAAGCCGACAUCGAAGAUGAGCUAGAUAAAACCAUUGAAUUGUUUUCUACCGAAAAGAAAGAUAAAAAUGAAUCCGAGAGAGAAACUUCCAAGAAAAUAGAAAAGGAACUAAAGCCUUACGGCUCUAGCACCAUCAGCAUCCUAAAAGAGAAGAAGAGGAGGGAGAAACACAGGGAGAAAUGGAGAGAGGAGAAGGAGAGGCACCGGGACAGGCAUGCAGAUGGGCUCCUGCGCCAUCACAGGGACGAGCUGCUGCGCCAUCACAGGGACGAACAGAAGCCCGCCACCAGGGACAAGGACAGCCCUCCCCGCGCGCUGAAAGACAAGUCUAGGGACGAGGGCCUGAGGCUCAGCGACGCCAAACUGAAGGAGAAAUUCAAGGACAGUGCAGAGAAAGAAAAGGGCGACUCCGUGAAAAUGAGCAAUGGGAAUGAUAAGGUAGCGCCGGCCAAAGACCCAGGCAAGAAAGAAGCCAGGCCCAGGGAGAAGCUCCUGGGGGACGGCGACCUGAUGAUGACUAGCUUCGAGAGGAUGCUCUCCCAGAAGGACCUGGAGAUCGAGGAGCGCCACAAGCGGCACAAGGAGAGGAUGAAGCAGAUGGAGAAGCUGAGGCACCGGUCCGGAGACCCCAAGCUCAAGGAGAAGGCGAAGCCGGUGGACGAUGGGCGGAAGAAGGGUCUGGACGUUCCCGCCAAGAAACCACCAGGGCCGGACCCUCCGUUUAAGGACAAAAAGCUCAAGGAGUCGACUGUUCUUCCACCUGCCACCGAAAAUAAGCUACACCUGGGAUCAGGGGCAGACUCCAAAGACUGGCUCGCAGGGCCACACAUGAAGGAGGCCCUGCCCGCGUCCCCCAGGCCUGACCAGAGCCGGCCCACUGGCGUGCCCACCCCUACAUCGGUGCUGUCCUGCCCCAGCUACGAGGAGGUGAUGCACACGCCCAGGACCCCGUCGUGCAGUGCCGAUGACUACGCAGACCUCGUGCUGGACUGCGCCGACUCCCAGCACUCCACGCCUGUGCCCACCGCUCCCGCCAGCGCCUGCUCCCCCUCCUUUUUCGACAGGUUCUCUGUGGCAUCAAGUGGGCUUUCAGAAAACGCCAGUCAGGCCCCAGCCCGGCCUCUCUCCACAAACCUGUACCGCUCGGUCUCUGUCGAUAUUAGGAGGACCCCAGAGGAGGAAUUCAGUGUUGGCGACAAACUCUUCAGGCAGCAGAGCGUUCCUGCCGCCUCCAGCUAUGACUCUCCUGUGCCGCACUCGAUGGAAGACAGGGUGCCCCUGCCCCCGGUUCCCCCAGAGAAGUUUGCCUGCUUGUCCCCAGGGUACUACUCCCCAGACUAUGGCCUCCCCUCGCCCAAAGUCGAUGCUCUGCACUGCCCACCGGCUGCCAUUGUCACUGUUACCCCGUCUCCAGAGGGCGUCUUCUCAAGUUUACAAGCAAAACCUGCCCCUUCCCCCAGGGGGGAACUGCUGGUUCCUUCUCUUGAAGGGGCCCUUCCCCCGGACCUGGACGCCACCGAGGACCAGCAGGCUACGGCCGCCAUCAUCCCCCCGGAGCCCAGCUACCUGGAGCCGCUGGACGAGGGUCCAUUCAGUGCUGUCAUCACCGAGGAGCCUGUGGAGUGGGCCCAUCCUGCUGAGCAGGCCCUUGCUUCCAGCCUGAUUGGGAGCGCCUCUGAAAACCCUGUCAGCUGGCCCGUGGGCUCGGACCUCCUGCUCAAGUCUCCGCAGAGAUUCCCCGAGUCCCCUAAACAUUUCUGCCCUGCAGACUCCCUCCAUUCUGUCGCCCCAGGGCCCUUCAGCGCCUCCGAGGCACCAUACCCUGCCCCUUCCACCUCCCCUGCCCCGUAUACUCUGCCUGUCACCGACCCAGGACUGGAGGAUGUCAAAGACGGGGCGGAAGCCAUCCCGGCCGCCAUCUCCACCUCAGAGGCGGCUCCUUAUGUCUCUCCCUCCGGGCUAGAGUCCUUCUUCAGCAACUGCAAGUCACUUCCGGAAGCUCCACUGGACAUGGCCCCUGAGCCUGCAUGUGUCACUACUGUGGCUCAGGUCGAGGCUCUGGGGCCCCUGGAAAAUAGUUUCCUGGACAACAGUCACAGCCUGUCUGCCCUUGGCCAGGUGGAGCCAGUGCCCUGGGCAGAUGCCUUUGCCGGCCCUGAGGACGACCUGGACCUGGGGCCCUUCUCACUGCCAGAGCUUCCCUUGCAGACGAAAGACGUCACAGAUGUUGAAACAGAACCCAUAGAAGAAAGUCUUGCUCCUUCAGAAAAGAUCCCUCCAGGGGCCCCUGUGGUUGUAAACGGUGGGGACGUUUCCACCUUGGUGGCUGAGGAACCACCAACGCUGCCUCCAGACCAGGCCUCCACCCGGCUCCCCACAGAGCAGGAGCCUGAACCCUCAGAGGAGCCAAAGCUGGACGUGGUUCUCGAAGCUACGGUGGAGGCAGAGACGGUGCCCGAAGAGAGGGCCCCUGGGGAUCUGGACUCCAGCACGGAGCCCCCACCCAUUCCCCCUGAACAGCACCCGCUGGGGAGUGGAGACCAGGGGGCUGAGACCGAAGGCCCCCCUGCUGCAUCCCUCUGUGCCCCUGAUGGCCCCCCCACGGACGCUGUGGCACAAGCCCAGGCUGCAGACAGUGCCAGUCCCCAGGACAACACUGAGGCCUCCCGUGCUGCUGCCCCAGCCGAAGGCCCUCCUGGUAGCAUCCAGCCAGAAGCCACAGAACCAGAACCAAAACCCACGGCCGAAGCCCCUAAGGCCCCCAGAGUAGAGGAGAUCCCUCAGCGCAUGACCAGGAACCGGGCGCAGAUGCUCGCAAACCAGAGUAAGCAGGGCACACCCCCCUCUGAGAAGGACUGUGCCCCCGCCCCCGCCCCAGCCACCAGGGCCAAGGCCCGCAGCUCCGAGGAGGAUGAUGCUCAGGCCCAGCAUCCGCGCAAACGCCGCUUCCAGCGCUCCACCCAGCAGUUGCAGCAGCAGCUGAACACGUCCACACAGCAGACGCGGGAGGUGAUCCAACAGACGCUGGCCGCCAUCGUGGACGCCAUCAAGCUGGACGCCAUUGAGCCCUACCACAGCGACAGGGCCAACCCCUACUUCGAAUACCUGCAGAUCAGGAAGAAGAUCGAGGAGAAGCGCAAGAUCCUGUGCUGCAUUACGCCACAGGCGCCCCAGUGCUACGCCGAGUACGUCACCUACACGGGCUCCUACCUCCUGGACGGCAAGCCGCUCAGCAAGCUCCACAUCCCCGUGAUCGCACCCCCUCCCUCCCUGGCGGAGCCCCUGAAGGAGCUGUUCAAGCAGCAGGAGGCAGUCCGGGGAAAGCUGCGUCUGCAGCACAGCAUCGAGCGGGAGAAGCUGAUCGUGUCCUGUGAGCAGGAGAUUCUGCGAGUUCACUGCCGGGCGGCCAGGACCAUCGCCAACCAGGCAGUGCCAUUCAGCGCCUGCACGAUGCUGCUGGACUCUGAGGUCUACAACAUGCCCCUGGAGAGCCAGGGCGAUGAGAACAAGUCAGUGCGUGACCGUUUCAACGCCCGCCAGUUCAUCUCCUGGCUCCAGGACGUGGAUGACAAGUACGACCGCAUGAAGACCUGCCUCCUCAUGCGGCAGCAGCACGAGGCCGCGGCCCUGAAUGCCGUGCAGAGGAUGGAGUGGCAGCUGAAGGUGCAGGAGCUAGACCCCGCCGGGCACAAGUCCCUGUGUGUGAACGAGGUGCCCUCCUUCUACGUGCCCAUGGUCGAUGUCAACGACGACUUUGUGUUGUUGCCGGCGUGACACCGCGGGAUGGCCGCAGGACGCAGGCGAGGGCGGCACUGCCGCCCAGGGCUGCUGCGGAGCCCCAGGGGUGGAGGAGGGAGCGCCAUGUCCACCCAGGCGGGGAAGAGACCCCGAGAGAGACUGCACUUGGCCACAGCGUCUCCAUCCCUUCCAGACUGGUCCAGAUGUCAGGGAGGUGAAACACAUCUCUUCUCUACCAGCUGCCGUGGCGAGGGCAAAGCCCCCAGAGCCUCACUGGCCCCGGCGGGACGAGGAGACCAUGCCAGCCGCACACAUGGCAGCUUCUGUCUGAAAACGGUGACCUUCGGGCCCUUUUCUCCAGCCAACUGCAGAGGCAUUUCAGGAGUUGAACGGAGUACAUUUUUAAAAUUUUUUGUUCCAUUCUGAUCAACUAAAUAAAAAUAAGGUGACCUGCAAGUCGGAGGGGCCGGCGUGCCACCCCAGCCGUGGUCCUGUUGCCACAGAGUUGCGACGGCCUGAGACUGGGCUUUUGACCUGGUGCAGAGCAGGGCGCUGGCCGUGCCCCUGCCUGGGCACGGGGACACAGAGCCAGGACUCCCCGUAGUGUUUUUAAUGGAGUCAAAUCCACGUGGUUUGUAUAUUUUUUCCUUUAAUCUUGGGCAUUUUGUUUCUCUUUCUGAGAACAUAACUUGAAACACUACAGAGCCAAUAAUCAUAUAAAAAGUGUAUCCGUAAGCGCUGUACAGUUUUAUAUACAUUCACAAUGUACUUUUGCUGCCUUCUAGAUAAUUUAUUUUGCAACACAUUACUGCACAGUUGUAAAUAACUUAUGUACUGUAACAUCACUUUCAGUUAUGUGUAAAGAAAUAAAUAAAUUAAUUAAAAUG